AUGCCGCAGCAAAUCGAUGCAACGGAUCUGAUCAUCGGCUGUCUGUGCAUCUACGUGCCGCCAGCGGCCAUCAUCCUGCGCACCGGAUGCAAUGUGAACAAUAUUCACAUUUGGCUGAAUCUGUGUCUCUGGCUGUGCACCAUCUUUUGUGGUAUCAUCCACGCGUUCUGGUACUGUUUCCUGGGUCCGGGUGCGGGCCGUGGUCUCGCCCCCAUUCCGACG